CGAUUAUCGAGUAUUCACGCCAAACAAGACCUUAUCACUUAUUAGUGACUCGUUGACUUAAGCUGGUACGGAGUCCAGAGAUGAGAGAGACCCGCCAUCUUUUUCACACUAAAACCCCUGCAACUACGUAAUUGGAGUUUCAUUAUCUCACGAUUUUUCCGUUUAAUCCAUCAAUUAUCUUCGAUCCCCAAAUCUAUAGAUGUUUUCGUCUGCCUAGCACCUUUGUGGCAAAGUUUCAGUAAUUCGAGAAAAAAAUAAAAUAAAAAAUAAACAGUAGAGCGAGGACAGAGAACGAUGAACUCAAAUACGGCGUCGUCCGUCACCGGAGUUCUUGGAUCGGCCGAUUCUACCGCUUCCAGAAGGAAUUCCAAGCGACCCAAUUAUUCAAGGUUCACACAGCAAGAACUUCCAGCAUGUAAACCUAUUCUCACGCCUAAAUGGGUGAUCUUGACUUUCUUGCUUGUCGCUUUUGUAUUUAUUCCCAUUGGAGUGGUCUCUCUCAUUGCUUCUCAAAAUUCUGUGUUUAAAAGUGCUCCUCUUGCUAAAAAAAAAAAUCGUUCUAUUUUCACCAAGGUUGUUGAAAUUGUUGAUGGAUACGAGACUGUCUGCAUUCCUGAAGUGUCGAAAAAUAACAAGGUCGGGUUUAUUCAAAGCUCUCAAGACAAAAACUGCAGCAGAACUCUCAGGGUUUCGAAGUAUAUGCAGAAACCGAUUUAUGUUUAUUACCAGCUUGACAAUUUCUACCAAAAUCACCGCAGGUAUGUAAAGAGCCGAAGUGAUCAACAGUUAAGAAACCGAGGGAGUGAGGAAGAUGUAAAAUCAUGUAAACCUGAGGACCGAAAAGGUAAAAAAGGGCCAGUAGUAGUUCCUUGUGGACUUAUAGCAUGGAGUUUGUUCAACGACACAUAUGCCUUUUCUCGUAACAACCAGAAGUUGACCGUAAAUAAGAAAGGUAUUUCAUGGAAAAGUGAUAGAGACCACAAAUUCGGAGAAGAAGUUUACCCGAAAAACUUUCAGAAUGGGCCUCUGAUCGGUGGUGGCAGACUCGAUUCAUCUAAACCAUUGAGCGAACAGGAAGAUCUUAUUGUGUGGAUGCGAACGGCAGCUCUUCCAACUUUUAGGAAAUUGUAUGGGAAAAUUGAAGUGGAUCUUCAAGUUGACGAUCUCAUCAAUGUCUCAAUAGGGAACAAUUAUAAUACUUACAGUUUCAAUGGCAAGAAAAAACUCGUUCUUUCUACCAGCAGCUGGCUCGGAGGAAAAAACGAGUUUAUUGGUAUUGCGUAUCUAAUAGUGGGUGGAUUGUGCAUGUUUUUGGCCAUGGUUUUCAUGCUUAUUUAUCUAAUUAGGCCAAGGCAACUUGGAGAUCCAUCUUAUCUAUCAUGGAAUCGAAGUCCGGGAGGUCACUAAGCUAGCUUAUAAGUGCUGCUUUUGUUUGGUUCCCAUAUGAGCAGUAUGAACAAUAGCUGGGCCUUAUGGAGAUUUCUAAAAUGCAGAAAAUUAAUUGAAUUUUUAUUAGUUACAUUGGCCCUGUGUGUUUGGGAUAUGGAGGUGUAAAUUUGAUUCAUUGAUGACAAUCAAACUCCAGUUAACUUCUGGUUGAUUGUUUGUUCUUUUUGUGUGUAUUUUAGUAUUUACCUUUGACCUUUAGCUUUGGUCCUUCCUGGAGUUGACCUAGAAAACUAUUUUUGUGGUGAUACAAAUACAUGCCAUAAAAUACAGUAGGACAAGAUUAAUUGUUGUUCUGA